GAUUGUUUUAGUUUAGAACUGAGUCACCCCUAACCUAAGCUAGUAGGAGAAGAAGUGAAUAAUGCGAAUCGAAAGAGUGAAGAGUAAUUGUUUUUCUGUGUAAGUUAAAGGUGAUCGAAGAUCUGAUUUCAUUUCUAUGGAAGGUUUAUCCCUGGACCAAGAAUCUGUAGGAUCUAGGGCAAAAAGGUUCAGCAUAUCAUCCGGCAAGUCUCGUAACCGCAAGGAAUUUCUCAAUAGGUUUGUGGAUAGUGAAAUCUUGAGUACUAAACUUGAGGACUGGUAUGAGUCCAUAUUGGAAAAAACAGGAACAGAAAGGUCUCCCUUUGAUGUCCCUUUUGAGUUGAUAGAACUUCAAAAGUUUGACUAUGCACUGGAAGGAGUUCCAUUUCAACAGCUGGUUCGGAUGCCAAAUGCUUUGUAUGGUUCAACCUCCGAUGCUGUGGAAGUAACUGCAUAUCUUGCUAUUGAAGAUUUUCUGCAUGCGAGUGCAAAAGGUUUGUGGGAGGCAUUUUGGAGUCUGGAUGAUCCAAUGCCUUUCUCCAUUGCCUCUCUGUACAGUUCAAAUUUAAAAUUCUACCAGGCUGAAAAAGCAAUAGCUAACGGAAAACUUGGUGGUCUUUGUGCAACUGGUAUAUUGCAAAACGAUCCUAGACACCCUCAUGGAAAAUGGGAUCAAAUUCUUGAAUUAGCACUUCUGAGGCCUGAUGUUAGAGCCCUUUCUAUGGGAAGUGAUCACCAACCUUCCUUACCUGUUUUAGGCGAGGCCAUCUUCUAUGCUCUACGUAUACUUUUAUCAAGAAGCUUAAGCAAAACGAGUUUUUCUGAGAGUUCCAAUUGUGUCUUUGUCCUUCUUGUGGAUUCUCAAUAUGGGGGUGUGGUUAAAGUUGAAGGAGAUGUAAAUAAAAUGGAACUAGAUGUGAAUAAUGUAUACGAGUGUUCCACAUAUUGGAUAAAAAAGCAUUCAAGAAUAUCAGUCUCUCCUAUUGAGAGAAUCUGGAAUAAGCUUGGAAAUGCCAACUGGGGAGAUAUCGGUGCCUUACAGGUGCUUUUUGCUAUUUUCCAUUGCAUUAUACAAUUUGCGGGGCUGCCAAAACACUCCAUUGAAGACUUAGCAGCUGAUCAUGGUUCUCGACUACAAACAAGAAGAGUGGAAAGGCAGUUAGGGGAUAAUAGAGUCAAUAGAAAUGGUGUGUUCCGGUUUCAGCAACGCAGUGUUUCUCCUGAAAUCGUUGAAGUUCAGGAUGAAUCUAUCAAAAUGGAGGCUAAAAAGUUACUAAUGAAGCUGGAGGUAGGAUGUGUAUUAUGGUUAGAAGAUUCAGAGCAGCAAAGAGGUUAUAAGAUUACUGAUAUUCUGUAUAAUGCUGAACUUCAGUAUUAUGUUGCAUCAGCUGUUGAAGACCCAGGUAAAUUGUUGUUUCUUUAUGUUGGUUCUCCCCCAUCUCAAAUUGAGCCAGCAUGGGAAGAUAUGAAUUUAUGGUAUCAUGUUCAGAGACAGACUAAAAUAUUGACCAUUAUGAGACAGAAAGGUAUAUGUAGCAAGUUUUUACCACAAUUGAGUGCUUCUGGUAGAAUAAUUCACCCUGGUCAGUGUGGAAAACCCAGCUCAGGAGGAAACUGUGACCACCCUUGGUGUGGUUCCCCAAUUCUGGUAAGCAGCCCAGUAGGAGAAACAGUUGGGAGUAUGGUAACUGCAGGCAGAUUUGGUUUAGAUGAGGCUGUCAGGUGCUGUCAUGAUUGUUUAUCUGCACUUGCUAUUGCCUCUUCUGCAGGCAUUCGGCAUGGAGAUAUACGGCCGGAGAAUGUAAUUUAUGUGAGAUCUGGUGUUAGGCAGCCAUAUUUUGUCCUUAUUGGCUGGGGUCAUGCAGUUCUCGAAGACAGGGAUCGACCUGCCAUGAAUCUCCACUACUCUUCAACUUAUGCUUUGCAAGAGGGAAAGUUGUGCUCAGCUUCAGAUGCGGAGAGCCUGGUUUAUAUGCUUUAUUUUUCCUGCGGUGGGCCUCCGCCUGAUUUGGAUUCAGUGGAGGGGGCACUGCAAUGGCGGGAGACCUCUUGGUCGAGGAGAUUAAUCCAACAGAAGCUGGGUGACGUCUCAACUGUGUUGAAAGCAUUUGCAGAUUAUGUAGACAGUCUAUGUGGGACACCGUACCCUAUGGAUUAUGAUAUAUGGCUAAGAAGAUUGAGGAGAAAUAUUAACGAUGAAGACCAUGGAAAGGAAAUCGACAUGUCAGGUUAGGUAAUUUAUGCAAAUCCGUCUUUAAAUGGUUCUUUGUGCUGCUGGAGAAUAUUUUUGGUUCUGGUUUGUUGGAUUUUCUGUAGAGUUAUUAUUGCUCUCUGUUUGGGUAAAUAAGUAUGUAAUUUUGGACUUUCCUUUGUAAAGAUGAGCUAUGAGAAAUGGUAUAUUUGUGUAGGGUGUGAGAUUAGUUGAAAAACAAGGCACCAUAGUUUUUUUUUUAUCUUUUUGGGUGUUUUCUUUGUUGUAAUUCAUUGUCAGAUCACUAGUUUUUAAUACCUUAACGUAAUUCUUUCUUUUUUGGAUCA